AUUUUACUUAUAGAAUCUAUGAAAGCUCGAAUCUUCCCUAGCGUUGAGCUUAUUAGCAUUUUCUUAUUCUAUGUCCAAUACAUAUUAACUUUUAAUUAAGCUGAAAUUUUCCUGAUGAUUUGGACCAUUAUGUUUUGAAGCAAUACAUAGCUGCUGAGGUUUUUCAGGGAAUACAAAAGGGAAACUUUGUUGUAUUCUGGUUACCCCACGGACAUUUUUGCUAAUUGUUUAGAUUGGAAGUUAGUAUACUAGAAUUCAAACAACGCUUGGAAAUUUCUUUAUGCGUAUAAGUAAUCGUUGGUUUUUCCAUUUCUUUUGAAGUUUUCCAACAUAUGACUGGAUUUGUUUAUUGGAACUUUUACAGCGGAGGUUUACUGGAAGAAAUCAAAUCAUUAGUUCAUCGUCACCCUGAUAAACUCUCUAUGGAGAAAAUUUCUAGUAAAAACAAAGGCUAUGAGGCAGAGAUGACAGUAGUUACUUAUUGCCAGAAUAGGAAAGAGACCGAUGACAGAUCAAAGUUUAGGAUUCUUCUUAGUUUUGGACAGCAUGGUCGGGAGCUCAUUACCACUGAGCUAGCAUUGCGGCUCCUCUCUAUUUUAAGUGAAGAGGAAUUCUUACCUAACAUGGACCGUGUUGCAUUAAAUAAUACUCUUAGUAGGCUUGUCAUAAAGGUUGUACCAAUGGAAAAUUGGAAUGGUCGCAAGCUUGUUGAAGCAGGAGAACUGUGUGACAGAAGAAAUGGAAGAGGAGUUGAUCUCAAUCGAAAUUGGAGUGUAGACUGGGGCAAGAAGGAGAAGGUUUGUCUAUUUCUUUUGUAGGACAUGAGAAGGUCCAUUCAGUUAAUAUGUUAUUAGACUGGGAUCUUUGAACUUUGUCCAGCUAUAUCAAAACAGUUAUCUAGUUAUCUUGAUAGUGUCAUUGACAUAAAUUUAGGCGAUGGUUCUAUGA